CGACUGUCAUAUGACUCUCAUUUCCUGCUUAUAGUCAGUGGCUGCUCGUGAGUCCGAGGGGAUUAGGCUGCUCUCUGUGCGUGGUUCCCCAGUUUGACCGACGAUUUACCAUGUUUCGUUACGCCUGCGUCACUUUGCUCUUGCUUUUGGCUGCCGAAAUCCGGCAGUCCCGCAGCACGGAGGUGAAAGUGGAAGAAGACAAAAAGCUGUGUCUGUAUGCAAACCUGAUGCUGAACUUCUCUGUAACCUAUGAGGUCACAGGGAAAAAGAAUGCCACGGUCACAUUCACGCUGCCUGAAAAUGUCACGACGAACGGCAGCAGGUGUGGAAACGACAGCUCCCUGCUGAAGAUUGGCUUUGGCAAGGGCCACUCUUGGGCUCUCAGCUUCAUGCGGGACAACCAGACCUACAAGGUGGAUAACAUCUCGUUCACCUACGACCUCAAAGACGACACCAUCUUCAAGAACUCCUCGUCGAACGACACGAAAACGGUGACGGUCGGAGGGGAGAUGGAGGCCGUGGAUCUCAACAACAUCUAUACUUGCAAGAGUCACGAGACGCUGCACAGCGGGCUGGUACAGCAGGUGUUCUGGAACGUCUCUCUGCAGGCUUUCAUAAGCAACGGGACGCUCAGCAAAAAUGCUACCAUUUGCCGUGCUGAUCUCCCCACCACAACACCGCCCUCUACAACCAUCACACCAAAACCCACGACCACUCCCAAGCCCACUCCGCUGCCCCAGCCCUCCACUGGCUCCUACCAUGUCAACGCCAACCCCAACAGCACCUUCUGUCUGCUGGCGAUGGUGGGGCUGCAGCUACACUAUAAAGAUAGCAAGGAAUUCGUUAGUGAGAACAUUGACCCCAACAUAACCACCGCGACUGGGAAUUGCGGGAAUAACGGGAGCGAUGCUGUUCUGGUGCUGAAAAGCGACCACGUGACCAUCUCUUUCACUUUCGUGGAGAACAAGCAGAAAUUCUUCCUGCACGCAGUGAACGUCUCUGUAGUGAAUGGCAAUGACACUUUCCAUUCUGGAAAUGCUAACAUGUCACUGUGGGAGGCUGCUCUGGGUACCUCCUACAUGUGCAACAAGCAGCAGACAGUCAACGUCUCUGACUCCUUCGCCUUUGUCACCUACGACCUGCGGGUGCAGCCCUUCGAGGUGAAGAAUAGCUCUUUCGCCACAGCUCAUCAAUGUCCUAUGGAUGACACCAGCAUCUUAAUCCCAAUCAUUGUCGGGGCUGUCCUGGCGGGCUUGAUUGUCAUUGUGCUGAUUGCUUAUGUGAUUGGUAGAAGAAAGACCUACGUCGGCUAUCAGAGCCUUUGAACCACUCAGUGAUCGUGUCAUUCAACGGAUCAAUCUCGGCACCUUUUUUUUUUUUUUUCUUUUUAAAAUUUUAAAGUUCCCCUCCUCCUUUUUGUGUUGUCUGUUCAGGAGCAAGCACAGGUUCUUUUCACCUUUGCGCAGUAGAUGGCGCCUUGUGUUCUAUCGUCUGACAGCAGUCUUGGAUAAAAGUUACUUGUACAGUUUUCCACUCUCCUUGUUUAUACAGCUGGCGGUUUUGUUUUGGCUAAUAACGUAAAGUCAAAAUAGCAGUGCCUCUAUGGUACUUGAAUCUUAUCUUUACAAGACUGGUUCCUUAACUAUUGCUCCACCUACUGGAACUUGAGGGAGGUAAAGCCGACACUGGUCUUCUGCUUUACCCAGGGUUCAUUUUACCACAGGGGUAUAAACUUUUUUGGGAAGGUGUGAGUGAACAAUAAUGUAACAAUAGAGUAUGCUAUGCUCGCCCCCCCCCCCCCAACGGAGCACCCGGAAGCUGGGGACCCUCUGGUGGUGGUGCAUCGAGACCUGUGCUUGCUUACUCAGCUCACCAUUCCUUUUACCAUCCCAUGACUGUGUGCCUUUGUGUGCUCGUUCAGUUGUACCACACUUGUAACUCAACAUUUGUCUUUUGAGGUCAUCUACCACGUUGGCAUUGGCUCGUACCCUUUGGCACUUGCUGGCACUUUUUUUGAGGGGGUGGGGUUUUUUGAGGAGGGAGGAAGGAUUGAGUGAGUUUUGGCUGAUACGUUUGCAUUUCUAAGCGUCCGACACGGAGGCUGAUAGAACACACUGGUCAUGGGUUACCUGAAUUCUGUCAGAAACGUCCUCUAGAUUCCAGACGUUGUGUCAGGGCUGACCGCUCAUUCUGGAGGCAGACUUACUUGGUUUGGCCUCUCAUUUGAGCACCGAUACUGUUAUUUCAGAAAUGUUGUCUUGGAUGUAAUGGCAGCAGUUUGUAGGCUUUCAGAGCGCUACAUCAGGAGUAUCUCCCACAGCCCCUGGGAUGCUGCAUGGAGGCAUGCAGCAGUGGUGCUGAAUGGUGACAGACCGUCAUCCAGCAUAGUAGUUGAGCCUCAGGAUUUUAUUCAUGGAAUCAAAAAGCAAACGUUGGGUUUGGUCUCUCCCCCCCCAUUCUUUCUGUAGGUUUGGUGCAUUAGACUAUAAAGGGAUGAUAUUAGCAUUUAGCACAUCUACCUGUAUUUACGUGUUGUUUUUUUGUGUUUUUAUUUUUGUUUCCCUCCACCCCCAAAUUAUGUACAUUUGACAAUUAGUGCACUAAUGCAGCUUCUCCCAUUAGCUGCUCCUAGUGCUUUCAGACACUGGGCAGGCAUCAGCUGUAGCUCCGGCCAGCGGAGGCGCCUUUCUGCUCAGUGAGCGAGGCAGCUCUGGGGAUUGGCGGAGUGUAAUGGUUUGGAGGCGGCCAUAUUUGUACAUAUUUCUGCUUGAUGUUGAUGGUGGGAGUGCCUUUCUUAUUGUUAUUGGUCUAAUUGGAACUUCAAGCCAGUUUUAGCUCCCUGAUGUGAAGAUUCUUUGUUAAAUUUCUCCGCUGUAGAGAUGUUGCAGCUCUGACUGUGUAUCUAACAGGUUGUUCCUGUAACAACCCAGAAAGAACCUAACCUGAGCAUGACAGGUUCUGGUAGAUAUGGCCUUCCAGGCAUUGGGGAAUGUCAUGUAUUCAUGUAGGCAAUAGUUCUGGGUACAGGGUUGGAGUUUAACCCUUAAUUUUUUAUUUUUAUUUUUCUGCCCUCCGCAUCCUGGAAAUGGUUAUUGUACCAGUCAUGGGCUGGUUUAUUUACACUUUGCACUUCGUGUUUGGGUACUGGAUUAGAAAAGGGAAUCUCACAUGUCCGUAAGAAAUACUGCGUGCUUGUUUUAAUAAGAUGGCUUCUUGGUCUGAAAUUCUGUCAAUAUUUGGAAUAUUUUUUUAAAUCUGUGAAUAUACAGAAAUGAUUGUGGAAUUCCAUCUUAGUACCUUUUUAUAAGAUUGAAGAUUCUUGGGUUGUUGUAUAAAUAUGAACACCCUUUAAUUUUGUUUUUUGUUUUUUUUCCCUCCAAAUGACAAUAAAAUCUGCUUACUGAUCCGUCCUGAA